AUGUCGAUGCAGAUGCUUCCCUGCUGUUGUGAAAUGGAAAUACAUCACACAAGCCUCACUUUCAGGGUACAACGCGCACAACCCCAAGCGCCUCGCCUUCUGCAGCCAGCGUUGCCAACAACAGAACAAAGUACAAAGAUGCGGCAGAAGCACUCGGCCCUUGGUGACCGUGCCUUGUUGCGUGUCAUGGUUGCACUUGUUGGUCUGGGGGUGGCGACGGCAAUCGACUGCGCGUCGUCGCAGUGCCAUAAACACGCGUAUGCAUCCAUUCUGUACACCGGCACCAAGAGGGACAAUGAUUAUUUUCUUGCCAUGCGGGUCAUGUUUGGAUCACUUCAAAAAACAAAGCCCGAUGCAGACUUGCUGGCCUUGGUAUCUCCAGAUGUGCCAUCCACUUGGCGAGAGCGAUUGAAAUCCCAGGGUAUACGUCCUAUCGAAAUCGUGGAUGUGGUCAAUCCAUACAGUCAGCUUCACCAUCAAAGGUGGCGAUUCCUAAAGGUGCUGAACAAGUUGGUGGCGUGGAAGCUGAGCGACUAUGACAAGAUUGUCUUGCUGGAUGCAGAUUUCAUCUUUAUGCAGAACAUUGAUGAACUGUUUGGGUGCGGUUCAUUCUGCGCUGCCUUCAUCAAUCCGUGCAUUUUCCACACAGGACUCUUGGUAGGAUGGCAGUAUCAUUUGCAGCUUGCACCACAACACUCUAUGACUCAUUUCAAUUCUCUUGUCACAAUUUGGUCAAGAUAA